CUUCGUCUUCAGUUCUCACUUUCCACCCCUUCACCUCUGUUUCCUCCAGUUCUAUCUUCCUGUCCCCGAGCACGGCCACCUCUCCGCUCCUCUCCUCCCCCUUGUCUUCUUGUUAGCACCCUUUUCGAGUCUUUCGAGCAUCUCUUUUCCAUCUUGCCCACCAUGUCCGGUGAAGCCUGGCUCUAUCUGUUGGCGGUGUUGAUUAACGCCGUCAACCUGUUCCUGCAGGUCUUCUUUACUAUCAUGUACAGCGAUCUGGAAUGUGACUACAUCAACCCCAUUGACCUCUGCAACCGCCUCAACGCCUACAUUGUGCCCGAGGCUGCCGUUCACGCCUUCCUGACCUUCCUGUUCAUCAUCAAUGGCUACUGGGUCGCCAUCGUCCUGAACCUGCCUCUGUUGGCGUUCAACGCUAAGAAGAUCUACGAGAACCAGCACCUCCUGGAUGCGACCGAGAUCUUCCGCAAGCUGAACGUGCACAAGAAGGAAUCUUUCAUCAAGCUGGGCUUCCACCUUUUGAUGUUCUUCUUCUACCUCUACAGCAUGAUCGUCGCCCUGAUCCGCGACGAAUCUCACUGACUUCGUGGCAAGACGGAACACGCACUGCGCAACGGCCGCCCGGGCUGAAGUGUCUUGUAGUGCGAUUGUCUUGACUUCUCCUUUGGCUAGGGAAGAUUGGACGGAGCAUGGUUCUGCGAGUAUCGGUCUCGCUGCUGUAUCCCGACGCAACUUGCGCCUCUCGUCCCGGCUGCUUGACACUGUCGUCGGUGUGCCGGCGCGUGCAGCAGAAGAGACCUUGUAUAUGACGUGACUAUGAAAGCAUAUCAUUGAUGACAGCGAACGCGUGAGGUCUCAAGAUCUUGAUGUUUUUUUUAGGUUUGCGGAAGAGAGAUGGGCGAUAGAUGAGGUAAUCCGAUCGCCUGGGAGCAGCACGCCGGAGAGGCUGCUUGAGUUGUUCUUGUUUGCUUAGUGUACUUUCCUUGGGUUUCUGAUGUUGCUAAUUUCCUGUUAAUGUCUUCAAUAAUGGUGCUGUAUAUACCUCAGCGGUGUGACAAUGUGCGCGUACGAU